AUGUCAAAUGAUAUAAAUAACAAUAUUAACAAUAUCAAUAAAAUUAAAAUAAAUAACCUAUAUAAUCCUUAUUCACCAUGUAGAAGCGUAGAUUGUUAUAAAAAACUAUAUACCAUUAACGAAGGUGCAUUUGGUGUUGUGUAUUGUGCGGAAGAUAAAGAAACCAAUGAAAUUGUAGCACUUAAAAAGAUCAAAAUGGAAAGAGAAAGAGAAGGCUUACCAAUUACAAGCGUAAGAGAAGUUAAAGUAUUAAUGGAGCUACAGCAUGAAAAUAUAGUAAAUAUUAAAGAAAUUGUAUUGGGUAAAAAUAUUAAUAGUAUAUUUAUGGUAAUGGAAUUUAUUGAUCACGAUUUAAGAGGUUUAAUGGAAGUUAUUAAGAAGCCGUUUUUACCAUCAGAAAUUAAAACAUUAAUUAAACAGCUUUUAUCAGGUGUAGCAUAUAUGCAUGAAAACUGGGUUAUACAUAGAGAUUUAAAGACAGCAAAUUUAUUAUAUACAAACAAAGGUAUUUUAAAGAUAGCAGAUUUAGGUUUAGCAAGAGAAUAUGGUAGUCCAAUCAAGCCACUAUCAGAAGGUGUUGUUACUUUAUGGUAUAGAGCUCCAGAAUUACUUUUAGGUUCAAAGAUUUAUACAUCAGCAAUUGAUAUUUGGUCAGUCGGUUGCAUUUUUGCCGAAAUAAUUUCAAAAGAGGUUUUAAUACAAGGCUCAUCCGAAAUCGAUCAAUUAGAUAAAAUAUUUAAACUUUUGGGUACACCAACCGAACAAAGUUGGCCCAACUUUUCAAAAUUACCAGAUGCCAAACACCUUAAUCUUGUACCACAACCAUAUAAUAAUUUAAAAUUAAAAUUCCCACAUAUCACCGACAAUGCUUUUGACCUUUUAUCUAAACUUUUAGAAUUAAAUCCCGAAACAAGAAUUACAGCAUCAGAUGCUCUAAAUCAUCCUUACUUUACCGAAAAUCCACAACCAAGGGACCCAAUGCUUAUGCCCACUUGGCCAUCAUCACAUAAAAAAACUUAA